UACUCAGCUCUGGGGAGGGCUAAACCAAUCGGCGCACAGCUCGCUCCCGGGUCAUCACUUCAACUUCCAAGCGGGAAGUGGAAACGCUGUCGCAAGGGGUCCCGGAUAAAUGACAUAUGAAGAUGAAACUCUCCCGUGCGGAAUACAAGGAGAUAGUGAGAUGGACAGAGCAAUUGAGACCAACACGGCAGUGUAUGAAGAUGUUAAGGGAGAGAUUUCCAAAUCACUCGCAGUCCACUCUUCUGAGCAUCUUCUCCCUGGAGUACCAGAAACGAACCAAAAGGACAAUUUCGAGGCACCACGCACCUGACGUCAUUGAAAGCCACUACCAAAGGUAUCUGAGCGAGGCCACGGCGCAUCCCUCUGCUCCUGUCUUGCUGGAGUUGGCCAAUGAGGUGGAUUUGUCUCCUGCACUGAUGGCUCGCAUCAUCCUAGACAGGUUCCUUCAGGACCUGGAGGGCGAAAUGCCCUCCAAAUCAGUCCUCAACAGCAUGCUCAAGGAACCAUCAUUAAUACCAGACCAAACCUUGGCCAAGAACGUAUACCAAUGCACAGUAAACGACUGCUGUUAUGGACCACUGGUAGACUGCAUCAAACAUGCGAUUGGCCAUGAGCACGAGGUGCUGCUCUGUGACAAACUCAGGGAGAAAAAUUUGUCCUUUCUGGAUGAAAACCAACUGAGAGCGAAAGGUUAUGACAAAACACCUGAUAUCAUUCUGGAGGUCCCCGUUGCCGUUGAGGGACACAUUGUUCACUGGAUUGAGAGCAAAGCGUCAUUUGGAGAUGACCACAGUCACCGCACCUAUCUCAACGAACAGUUUUGGAGCUACUGGAACAGAUUUGGACCGGGACUUGUUAUCUACUGGUACGGUUUCAUAGGUGAGCUGGACUGCCAGAGGGACCGAGGCAUCCUUCUCAAAGACUGCUUCCCGACGGACAUCGUCGUCCUCGGACGGGCCGCCCAGCAGGACUGACGAGCCAGUCGCGGGCAAAAGAGCGAGGACAUAAAUUUGGGUGGCGACGUUGGAAGGAACGAUUGUCGAGGAUGGCGGCGCAGGAAGGGUAGGAACAGAAACGCCGGGGGUAGACGCCGAAAUCCGGAAGUCAUUUAGCUUUCCUGCUUGGGAGUCGAAAACCUCUGCUGCCCUGAACUCCGCUUGACCCUCACUCUCCGUCUGCCGCGACUUUCCUGGCUGCUUGGCUUUUGCUACAAAGUACAAAUAAGCCCCCAAAAACUCCACAUUGAAGAGGUUCCCCGGUUCCUGGUCAACUCGUGGCCCCCGGUUGGCCUCUCUCAAAGGAUGGCGUGGUGUGAUGGAGCACCAGAGCUCGGACACGAGGCCUUUCCUUAUCACAGCCCAGAGUCCUGGCCUUUGUCACACCUUCCUCUUCCGUUCCGUAAGCAGAUAAGGGAGGUGCGGUUCUUGGGGGGGCGGGGGGGCGCUGGUUGGACGCCUGGCUCUCACCUGCGUCACUCAGUGCCCUCUCCAAGCGGGAGAGCAGAAUGGUGGCUGAUUAAGGCCACGGCCUCGCUGUGACCCUUUUUCUUCCCUGUUAUCAAGUUCCUCGCGAGAUUUCGAUGAAUUCAUCUCCUGGACUGUUUCGACGUCUGAUUUAUGAAUUGGAUAUGCUUUCGUGUUCCACAUCUGUGUUGCGAUGCGUCUUAGAAUUUGAGCAGCUUAUUAAAAUGUCUUUCAUUUCCACAAUUGCUGGUUUUGCGCGACUGCAAUUCCAGAACCGAAAGACUUUCAGUGACCCAAAGGAAAAGUAAUGGAAAACAUUUUCAUAUUCGAA